AUGUGGAAAUCAUUAACUGCCAUCGCUCUUUUCGCUGUACCGUCUCUCCAGAGCGCGGUUGGGAAACGGUUUGCCCCUCUCAAGUUCUCUAAGAAUGGAAAAUUUCAAAUCUCUAUUCUGGAAGAUCUUCACCUUGGAGAGAAUGCAUGGGACUCGUGGGGACCGCAGCAGGAUGUCAACACUGUUACCGUGAUCAACGAGGUGCUGAACGCCGAGUCGCCUGAUCUUGUCGUGUUGAACGGCGACCUGAUUACCGGUGAAAAUGCCUUUUUGGAAAACAGCACCGUCUACAUCGACAAGAUUGUCGGACCCCUGGUUGACCGCGGCUUGACAUGGGCAUCUACCUACGGCAACCACGACAGCCAAUACAAUCUUUCGCGCUCGGCUAUGCUGGCGAGAGAACACCAGUGGCCAAACUCACGAACCCAGCAGAUGGUUUCUGGCCGUGAGGCUGGCGUGACAAAUUACUAUCUCCCUGUGUAUGGCUCCAAGAAUGCCGAUACUAACGGGGCACCUGCAAUGCUGCUGUGGUUUUUCGACAGUCGCGGCGGUUACUAUUAUCAAGAACUCGAUUCUGCCGGAAAUCAGGUCGCGCAACCGAAUUGGGUUGACGUGAGUGUUGUGGAUUGGUUUAAAGCCACUAAUGCGGACUUGGUCAAGAAAUACUGCAAGCAUAUCCCCUCUCUCGUCUUCGUUCACAUCCCCACCAAUGCAUCCCAGGCUAUCCAGACUCAGCUUGGAGUCAAUGCCCACAAGGAGCCAGGUAUCAAUGACGAUUAUGUCCUAGCACAGCAAGGCGAGGGCUGGUGUGCGGACGGAAGCAAUGACAGCUCCUACGUGUACGGUGGUCAGGAUGUGGCGUUCAUGAAAGCGUUGGUCGAUACGCCUGGUGUCAUUGGAGUGUUCUCUGGUCAUGAUCAUGGAGACACAUGGUGCUACAAAUGGGAUACCCUGAUCCCCGGUAUGUCAGUGAAAGGAAAUGGUAUCAAUCUUUGCUUCGGACAGCACACUGGAUAUGGUGGAUACGGCAGCUGGAUUCGAGGAUCCAGACAGGUUCUGGUGACGGAGUCUAAGCUCAAGGAUAUGGAGAUUGACACUUGGAUUCGAUUGGAGUCGGGAGAUAUUGUGGGAUCGGUUUCUCUCAACUCGACCUAUGGAGAAGACAUCUAUCCUAGCACUCCCGAUACACGUACUUAA